ACACAUACUGGAUUAAUAAUUAGGUUACUUUCUCUUCUUCACAGAUAUUUAGCAUGACUCGGCUGACUGCGCUCAGAGGAGGAGGUGACCCACUGACCAAAAAGCUUUAAGACUACGUAAAAACGUGUCACACCAACGUCCAAUCAGCAUACGGAUUGGAACAUGCUUCCACUAAUCGGAGAUCCUCAUACUAGCACGUCCAUCUCCCGUUUUAACCGUAUUACCUAAUACGAGGUUCCUAGCCAAACUCAGCAUUUCUUUUCAAAAAUUGACUACCAUUUAUUUACGAUGAAAAUGUGGAAUUGCAUCGCUGAGAGGAAAUCAAACAACUCUUUCGUCUUCAUCUAGCGAGAGGUACCCCAUACAAUUAUGGAGGCUUAAAAAGGUGGUGUGUUUUGGGGGGAAGGGGAACUUUCCCCUUCAGCUGGAAGGAUUGUUUUUGGAUGGACAUUACAAGAGAAGCUGUAAACAGUGUUGCCUUUUUCAUGUACAAAAUAGAGAAUAUAUUUUGAAAGACAAUAUAUUUGUAAAAAUUGUAAAUUGUACAUAUAUUUAUUAUAUAUUUAUAUAAAGCGUAAUUAUUGUAUUUAUACCUUUUUUUGGUGUCACUAGGUUGUGGUGAGUGUGUAACUGUCAUGGUGGACUGACAGAAGGUGUGUUUCUGUGCCCUGGGGUUGCUAGGGUGCCGUGGAAUCCCAACACAAGCACAAUUCUAGCACCCCGAAUUUUUUUGCCAGAGAUCACCUUUUUUUCGAGUGUAUGUUUUUAUUUUUUAUUUUUGUGAGUCUUCGCUGCUUUUCUAAGCUUUAACCACAACCUGAGGCUACAGGCAACACUGAGAGGGGUUUGUAGAGAGGGAGAAGGGGACUGAGGUCACCAGCAGGGGUGGGAGGUGGUGGGGUUUGUUUGUAAGGAGAAAGUUUGACCUUUGUGUCUGAGUUUGGGGGGUCACCAUGAGUGUGGUAGCGACACCUGACUGCACCCCUAAAUGCCGCUCAGCUCAGCAUGCUGACGAGGUGGUGGCGGCCAUGACGGGCGGCUCAGAAGAGGGCCGCCUGUGCGCCUUCCUGGCCGCCUACUGCUACAACGCAGCCACGCUGCGCGAUGGCUUUGGCCGCACAGCGCUGCACCUGGCCGCCUCGCUGGGCAAACGCACCCUGCUGGGAUGGCUGCUGGAGAACAAGAGUGCUGACCUGCUGGCCAAGGACAUGGAGUCUGGCUGGACAGCCCUGCACCGCAGUGCCUUCUAUGGGCACAUCCACUGCCUAAUGGCCUUGGUCAAGCAUGGUGGAUCACUCUCCAUCCAGGAUAAGGAAGGCCUGUCGGUUCUGGAUCUAACCAUGAAGGACAGGCCGGCUCAUGUUGUCUUCAGAAAUACAGAUCCCACUGAGGUGUACACCUGGGGGAACAACGCUAACUUCACCCUGGGGCAUGGCAACCAUGAGAGCAGGCACCACCCUGAGAUCAUGGACCUGUUUGCGAGGACCGGGGUCUAUAUCAAGCAGGUGGUGCUGUGUAAGUUCCACUCAGUCUUCCUGUCUCAGACAGGUAAAGUGUUUACUUGUGGACACGGGCAGGGAGGACGCCUUGGCCACGGCGACGAGCAGACAUAUCUGGUGCCUCGGAUGGUGGAGGGGCUCCUGUGUGACUACGUGACCCAGGUGGCAGCGGCGCGUGACCACACGGUCGUGCUGACAGAGGAGGGAAAUGUCUACACCUUUGGGCUCAAUCGCUUCCACCAGCUGGGCCUCAACCCGCCCCCUGCCUCCAGCCUCGUGCCCAAACAUGUAUCAAGUAAGGCCCUGAAAGGGAGGUAUGUUGUUGGUGUCGCUGCCGGAAGGUUCCACACAGUCAUGUGGACCCAUGAUGCAGUCUACACCGUGGGGCUGAACGGGGGACAGUUAGGUUAUUUGCUGGAUCCCAACGGUGAGAAAUGUGUGACCACCCCCCGCCAGGUGUCUGCUCUGCACCACAAGGAUGUCAGCAUCUCCAUGGUAGCGGCCAGUAACGGUGCCACGGUGUGUGUGACGGAGAAAGGCGAUGUUUACCUGCUGGCCGACUACCAGUGCAAGAAGCUGGCCGCUAAGCAACUCAACAUUAGGAAGGUUUUGGUGACCGGGGGGAGUCUAGACCAUCGUGUGGACCCCCAGGUGCUGAAUGAGAACGGGGGAGAGAAGGCAGCCAUCCUGGCCUUGGACGAGGCUGGAAGAGUGUUCUGCUGGCGUUCCGUGGGUGGAGCCCUGAGGCAGUGCAGGUGGGCGUACGGUCGUCAGGUGUUCAUGUCUGACAUCGCCCUCAGCAAGAGCAACAUGAUGUUCGUCACGCAGGAAGGCGAGGGCUUUAGUGGCCAGUGGCUGGGGGAGUACAAGAAGAUCACGGACAAGAAAGACCCAGCCGCAGGGGUGGAGGUGUGCGGCCACUCGGAGGCUGGUGGGGUGUACGAGCGCAUCCGUCUGGAGAAGCUCCCCUACGUCCACCGUGCCGUCAGCAUCACCGUCGACUCCAAGGGACGUAACUUUGCCGUGCUACAGUCUGACCCCAAGACCAGUCUGUAUGAGAUUCCCACCGUCUCCUCGUCCACUUUCUCCGACCACCUGCGUACACUCCGAGCCGAGACCGACGAGACGGACAGCAUCCAUGACGUCACUCUGCAGGCCGGCUACCGCACCUUCCCCGCCCACAAGUACAUCCUCUCCGUGCGCUCCGACUUCUUCCGGAAGCUUCUAUUCCGCACGGACGGCCAGGGCGACAGCGGCAACGGCGGGGAUGACUGGGGCUUGGACGAGGAGGAGGAGGUGCGCCGCAGUGAGGACGCGUCCGGCUGCGACCUGCUGGUCCUGGAGAAGGUUCCGGCGGAGCUGCUGGAGCAGGCGCUGCAGUUCAUCUACACAGACACGUGCGACAUGCUGACGCACGGCGCGCGCCCCAGCAUGCCGCGCUCCAGCCCCAGGAAGGAGCCGAAGGAGAAGCAGGGUCACGACCAGCAGGAGCAGCUCAUCCACAGCUUGCAGGAGCUGGGCCUGGGGGACACCCUGCGGGGCCGCUCGGCGCUGGAGGUGUACCGCGCGCUUCCGCCCCCUACCUGCAUGGAUAACAAGGACAAAGACAAGCCCAAGGGUAAAAGCACCAAGACUGGCAAGAAGGGCAGCAAGGGCGGUGGUGGCAGGGAAGCAGGCGGUGCCAGCCCAGUGAAGAUGCUGCAGGGUCUGGCCAAGAGACUGGGCCUGAGCAGCCUCUCCAGCAGGUUGGAGGGCGUGAAGUUUGACAAUGGCACAGUCACCGUGACGACCAAAAAGACGGGCAACAGACCAAAAUUCAACCAGAAGAAGUGCACCUACUUUUGUGACGUCACACUCCGAGCUGAGGAUGGCAGAGAAUUCCCCUGUCACAAAUGCGUCCUGUGUUCUCGACUGGAAUACUUCAACAGUAUGCUGGGCAACCCCUGGAUUGAGGCCACCAGUUGUUCUGCGCUGGAUAUGCCCACCAGCUCUGAGGUCCUGCAGGUCAUCCUAGAGUACGUUUACACGGAUGACUCACCAACUGUCAAAGAGUCACUGAAGGUGGAGUUUGUGUGUAACGUGCUGGUGGUGGCUGACCAGCUCCUCAUCCCCCGACUGAAGGAGAUGUGUGAGGUGGCCGUCACUGAGAACCUGACCCUAAAGAACGCUGCCGAGUUGCUGGAGUUUGCCUCCAUGUACAAUGCUAACCAGCUGAAGCUCUCCUGCCAGCAAUUCAUCGUGUUCAACAUGGCCGCACUACUAGAGUCCAGAGCACUGGAUGUACUGAGUGAAGAUGUGUUGGUAGAGCUGUCUGCAGCCUACAGGAGAAUGAUUCCAGCCAUGCAGAGGCGCCUGAUCACGCCCUACCCUAACGCCCCAGACCUGAGUGGGUAUGAGGACAGAGACCCCCUCUCGUCUCUGGGCACCAACAUCGAAACCAGCCUGUCCUGCAAUGAGAUUCUCCUGAAGAAAGCCAAGCUGAAGGCCAAGCGGAAACCACGGCGACGCUCCGACAGUUCCGGGGGCUACAACCUGUCUGAUGUCAUCCAGAGUCCGCCCGCUUCUGGGGAGAAGUGUUUGACCUCGGGGAUGUUCUUUGGGGACAUGGGCCCCCCAGCGAAGGCCAGCUCUGUGGAGUCUCUGCACGAGGUCGUCACGUCCGACUCCGAGGGCAGCUACAUGGGGGUGGGCAGCCCACGAGACCUGCCGUCCCCAAUAGCCCUGACCCGGCCCGAAGCACAGGAGGAGAAAUCUGGCCCAUCCUGGAUGAGGACGCCCCCCAACACCCCCCACCUGAUGAAUGGAGGCCACACCCCACCUGCAAGUUCCGCCCCUGAGCCCAUACCUGUGGUCCAAGCCAGCACUGCCCCUCAGACUCCUCCUGUGAUGGACCUCAGGAUUAUUAUGGAGAUGGAGGCCAGCUCAGUGCAUCAAGGAGCCACGCCCAAAAGCCCUGGAUCGUGGGGGAUUGUAAGCAAGGCGUCCCCCCUCCCGGCGAAGCUUUCCCAAAAGCAGAGGAAGCUGAUGGCCAUGGCCUCCAAGGAGGGAACCCAGGACAGGACAGCCGUCAUCCAGUCCCCCACCGCACCCGUGGUCAACCCCUCCAAACCCGCCAAAGCAUGGGCGACAGCUGUCCAGUCUCCCCCGGUGCUGCGGUCCUUCAGGGAAGUCCUGGAAGAGGAGGCGAAGCAGGUCAGGACCUCUCCUGCUGCCCCAGUGGCUGCUGGGAGUCCGGGGGCUGCAGUUGGACCAGCACCAGGAGCAAAGAAGGUGACCUUCAAGUGUGCUGAGACCAGCGACAUGGAGAAACCAGUAGGGCCGUGGGUGCUGAGCGGGGUGGCCAGCCCUCUGGCGGGAGCAGCUGUGACCUUUGCCACCAUCGUGGAGGAGGAGAGGCAGCAGGAGGCUGCGUUGAUCCGCAGCCGAGACAAACCGCUGGCUCUCAUUCAGAUCGAGGAGCGAGCGAUUCAGGACCUGUUGCUUCACUACCGAGCUGCCAACAAUCCUGACGAGUUGAUCGUGGUGGAGAGAGCUCCCCAGGGUCCUAUUGCCGCCCCGACCUGGAACAAGCACUAGCAGAAACACCGGCACAACAUACAAUUAACACAGAGAAAUGUUAAUACACUCUUCAUGACCCCCCCCCUCCCCCCUAACUCAGUGUUUGCAUUGUGCCUCAUGCUGUGGAUGAAGUAUGACAGACAACAGUCUGUUUUUUCUUUUCUUUUCUUUUCUUUUUUUUUUUUUUCUCAUGUGUCUCCGUUUCAUGAUGCUGCAGCUUCAUUUCCUCUCUGUACACCAGGAGAAAUGCAGUGAGGAAAGACAAAUGGGUGGUCACCAAACCUUCCUGUAUUUGAUAAAACGGAAGCAAAGGAUGGAGUGAGUUGUGUAUCUUCCAAAGGAUGGCCGUCUUGUGGUGUGCACAGAGCAGUCUAGCAGUUGCCAAAGAUCCACUGGAAAUGAGUUGUGAGGUAAUAGGGUACCAUGGUGCAAAGAUCCACUGGAAAUGAGUUGUGAGGUAAUAGGGUACCAUGGUGCAAAGAUCCACUGGAAAUGUGGUGGAGUCAUGAGGGCACCUCUGCUGGAAAGUCCCAGGCUUCAGCUCAGGCCUGGUGGAAAUGACGAAAACCAAUGGCAGGCCGGGAUACAUUAACCUGCAUGAGUUAGGUGGUCAGUAUCACUACGUGCAUGUCUGAAUCUGACUGUAGGACAGCAGAGGUGUGCUGGGGACAUUUUAAUGUGUUGAUCUACAGUGGCAGUAGUGCUAGACAGCUGGCGUUGAUGCAUAUUGCAGUAGGGCCAUCACUAGCCGUGGUCCUGCCAAGCAGUCGUUUGAAAAAUGCACAAUAAGAGCCAGACUCAAGCCUAAGUUCCUCGACUGGGGAAUGUGCCUUUCUGCCUCAUCGACCAAUAAUCUGUUACACGCGCACACAAAAAAUACGUAGAUAGAUCUAUAGGAAGGAUAUACCCCUGCACAAGUCAGGUUAGUGGAUUGAUCAGAACCAGCUGCCAUUUUUAUGCAAGGUCUUUGAGUUUGGUACCUUGUCAGCAGUUUGUUUGCUUGAGUCUCAUCUGUCAUCGUAACUAUGGCAUGCAAUAAAGACCUCGUCUGCUUUAACUGUCA